GUAUUACAAAGUUGGUGAUAGUGAUGGGUGGACUAUCAUGGGCAAUGUGGAUUAUAACCAAUGGGCAUCCUCAAAGACUUUCAAAGUUGGUGACACUCUUGUUUUCGAGUAUGAUCAAGCAUUUCACAACGUGAUGCAACCAAUCGGACUUCCACUCGUCAAUCCUAGGGCUCCCAUGGCCACUUACGCCACCGGAAACAACUCAAUCGACAUCCAUAACUCCGGCGACUAUUACUACAUUUGUGGCUUUGUGGGCCACUGCCAAGUCGGACAGAAGGUGGAGAUAAGGGUGCCAAGUUCUUCUCGGCCCACUAUUCCAGGCCCAGCCCAAGCUCCCCAUGGGACUGAAGAAGCUCCUCAGGACCAUCCUAUCAAGUCGGUUGGGCCAACCCCGUCUCCAAACGGUGCAGAAUCCAUUCUUCCUAAAAAUGCCCUUCAACUCCCUCAACCCCUACGCCUCUCAAGUAAGAAUCGACCGAAAAACUUGGACAGGGCGUCUCCAUCUUCAAUAGUAGCAGUGGCUGGCGAGAGAGGCAUGGCUUUGUUGAAAAGGGAAAUUGUGUUGCUCUUGAUUUUUGUGGGUAUUUGUGGUUUUUGCAAUGGCUCUGUGUACAAAGUUGGUGAUAGUGUUGGGUGGACUAUAAUUGGCAAUGUGGAUUAUAACCAAUGGGCAUCCUCAAAGACCUUCAAAGUUGGUGACACUCUUGUUUUCGAGUACGAUGAAGCAUUUCACAACGUGAUGCAAGUAAGCCGGUCGGAUUUCCACUCGUGCACUCCUGCGGCUCCCAUGGCCACCUAUGCCACGGGCAACGACUCGAUCACCAUUCAUAACCCCGGCCAUUAUUACUACAUAUGCGGCUUUGUGGGCCAUUGCCAAGCCGGACAGAAGGUGGACAUAAGGGUGCCCAGGUCCAUUAGGCCCACUAAUCCAGGCCCAGCCCAGGCUCCCCAGGGGACUAAAGCUCCACAGGACCUUCCUAUUAGGCCGGUUGGGCCAGCCCCAUCUCCAAACGGUGCAGAAUCAGUUCUGAACGAAAAUUGGUUGUUCUCCACGAGUGUUGGAUUGUUGCUUCUCCUUGUUUGGGCUUGGAAUUGAUGGGUUUUAUUGGACUGUAUGUUUGGGCUAGCUUUUAGUUUUCUCCCUUUUUAACCUUUUUUUUUCUCUUAUGUUAACUUGCCUAAUUUCUUUUUAUUUUUCUCCCCUUUUUUACUUUUUCUUUUCCCUCUUAUUUUAGCUUGCCUUCCGCUAAUGUUUUUCAUGUUUUGAAUAUUUCUUU